CCGCACCCAUUCGGAUCAGCCUCCUUCCCACGCGAUACGACGGUUCAGUCCCAUAGUGACGUCAUCGCCGGGGCAGCGCCGAGGCCGACUGAGACUUGUUUUGCUUACAUUGUUGACGCGCUUGGUCAACAUUUUUACAUUGUUUUUGACUUUUAGGAUACAGCAAUAGCAAUCUUUUUUGUUGUUUUGUUUUCACGGUCUGAUUUCUCACCAACCCUCUACGAUUUUACUGCGCGUCGAGCAAACUCUCCUGGAAUCAGCCACCAUGAAAUGGAUGUUCAAAGAGGAUCAUUCCCUGGAACAUCGGUGUAUAGAGUCGGCCAAAAUACGCAGCAAGUACCCAGAUAGGGUUCCGGUGAUCGUGGAGAAGGUGUCUGGAUCUCAGAUUGUGGACAUCGACAAGAGGAAGUAUUUGGUGCCCUCUGACAUCACGGUGGCCCAGUUCAUGUGGAUCAUCAGGAAACGCAUCCAGCUGCCGUCGGAGAAGGCCAUCUUCCUCUUCGUUGAUAAGACCGUGCCUCAGUCCAGCAUCACCAUGGGACAGCUGUACGAGAAGGAGAAGGACGAGGAUGGCUUUUUAUACGUGGCGUACAGCGGAGAGAACACCUUCGGUGUCUAGACCCACCAUCGUCAUCAUCAUAAGCCUUACUUACGACAGAAUACAACACCUGGCCACCACCCACCACCCUAACUCACACCCCACCCCUGGGAGAAGCCCUGGGAAACCCCAGAGAAAUGAAGUGAAAUAAAUAGAUGAAGAGAGUGAUCAGUUGAGUGAGAACCACCAUGAUGAUGAGUGUCACCAGUCUGUCUAAUCUAUUCCUGCACAUGUUGUAUCAAUGCUGUACACAUUCAUUUAUGAAUAUGUUUAUUAUUAUUAUUAUUUUGAUGUUAUGUAUAGUGAUACAAAUUGGAAUGACUGUUUUGUUUGAUGUUUUGUGCUUUACUUUAGUUUAGGUGCUUUUCAUUUUUUAAUUUUUUUCAUUCGUGAAAUAAUAUUUUUGUUUGUUUUAAAGUUUCACUUUUAGUUUGGCUUUUAUCCUUGAAGAUUUAUAUUUCAAAUAAUUUUAACUAUUUGAACGGUAAGGUAGCUGGAAGACCUAACCAAUAAAAAAUGUGAAUGA